UGUAUGUAUUUCUUCCAGGAAGUGCCCAUGAAUAUUCUGAAUGGCAAACAGUAUGGAGGAGCUGGCACAGCAGAUUGCUGAACAUCAAAUGGCUGAGGCAUGCUGAAAAGCAGCAAGUAAUUGGGUCAUCACUAUCGCUUUUGAAUACAGUAGUAUUUUUUACCUGUAAAAGCUGAGAGCAUUGUGAGGACAAGUAGAAGGUUCAUAUGCAUCAAGUGUCUAUGGCUGGAAGUCCACCAGUCUCCUUGACUGAACAGGCUCAAGUAAAGCUCAUCACAAUUACUGAUGAUUUAGUUCAGCAACUAGCUGAACAACAGGUCUCCCACUCUCAAGGGACAUUAUCUACUGUAGCUCCAGGAACUGUAAUAGGACGACCAAUAAUGACCAGUACCCCACAGAGGAUUCAGAUUGUUCCCGCAGACCCUGGUGUCACAGUAGCUCAGCGCAUUCAGAUUGUCACAGAUCAGCAGACGGGCCAGAAGAUUCAAAUAGUCACAUCGAUGGAUCAUGGUGCGAGCAAGCAGUUCAUCUUAACAAAUUCAGACGGCACACCAUCGAACAAAGUGAUUUUAGCCAGACCUGAUUCAGGACAAGGAAAAGUCAUCCUGGCCACACCUGACUCUGCAGGUCUCAACCAACUCAUUUUUACAUCUCCUGAUGGAUCAGCACAGCAUAUACAGAUUGUAACAGAUACUGCUUCAGGAGAGCAAAGUGCAGUCAAACCGCCACUGGAGUUUUGUGUAGUUUGUGGGGACAGGGCUUCCGGACGCCAUUAUGGAGCAGUGAGCUGUGAAGGUUGUAAGGGCUUCUUCAAAAGAAGCAUAAGGAAAAACUUGGUGUAUGUUUGCAGAGGAUCAAAAGACUGUGUUAUUAACAAGCACCACCGAAAUCGUUGCCAGUACUGCCGGCUGCAGAGGUGCCUGGCAUUAGGGAUGAAGCAGGACUCUGUUCAGUGUGAACGGAAACCAAUUGAAGUUUCACGAGAGAAGUCUGCAAACUGUGCAGCCUCAACUGAGAAGAUUUAUAUCAGGAAGGAUUUGCGGAGUCCUUUAGCUGCAACACCUACCUUUGUAACAGACAAAGAAAGUGCAAGGUCUGCAGGUCUGCUGGAGCCUGGAAUGCUGGUAAACAUACAACAACCACUGCUGAAGACAGAGAGUGCUAUGCUACUUGCAGCUGAGAGUAAGGCUGAAACCUGUCAAGGUGAUUUAAGCACUCUAGCAAAUGUAGUAACAUCACUUGCAAACUUAAGCAAAUCCAAGGAUCUGUCUCAAAGUAGUGCUGAUUUAUCAGGGAUUGAUGCCUUAAGUAAUGGAGAUACUUCUUUAUCAGAAAUGCAACAAGAUGAUCAGUCUGCCAGUGAUAUUACAAGGUAUUUCAGGGCAUUUGAUACACUAGCAAAAGCACUAAACCCUGCAGAGGGGCAGGCUGUUCAGAACUCGGCAGAAUGCAUGGAUACUUCUGGUGCCAACAUCCAGCUAAUUAGUGGAGAACAGUCUCUACCUGUUGUCGAGAUUGAGGGUCCUCUUCUCAGUGAUGUGCAUGUCGCCUUCAAGCUAACUAUGCCAUCACCUAUGCCAGAAUACCUGAACGUGCACUACAUCUGUGAGUCUGCAUCAAGAUUACUGUUCCUCUCCAUGCAUUGGGCAAGGUCGAUUCCAGCCUUCCAGGCUCUCGGGCCAGACAAUAAUACAGCUUUGGUACGCGCUUGUUGGAAUGAACUCUUUACACUUGGUCUCGCCCAGUGUUCGCAAGUGAUGAAUUUAUCAACCAUACUCACAGCAAUUGUCAACCAUCUGCAAACAAGUCUCCAGCAAGAUAAAUUGUCAGCAGACCGUGUGAAAGUGGUGAUGGAGCACAUCUGGAAACUGCAGGAGUUCUGUAACAGCAUGGUUAAAUUAUCUCUGGAUGGAUAUGAAUAUGCCUACCUCAAGGCAAUUGUCCUCUUUAGUCCAGAUCAUCCAGGCCUAAUUAAUGCAGCGCAGAUUGAUAAAUUUCAGGAGAAGGCAUAUAUGGAACUUCAGGAUUAUGAAGCAAAAGCCUAUCCAGAUGAUUCUUACAGAUUAUCAAGACUACUUCUUAGAUUGCCUGCACUACGACUCAUGAGUUCUGCUAUCACAGAAGAACUGUUCUUUGCUGGACUAAUAGGAAAUGUGCAGAUUGACAGUAUAAUACCUUACAUCUUGCGAAUGGAAACUGCAGAGUACAACAGUCAAAUCACAGGAUCUGCAGUGUGACUUAACACCUACGAACAAUCUCAACAACCUGCUGAAAACCUCUUGACCUUCACUUCAACAAUGAGGGACAAUUGCAGGUUGUUUAUGUAUAAAGAAAUCACGGGGUAGUCUUUAUAAAAGAAGAGAACGAUAAAAAGCAAUUCAUGGAGAGUAGACUGUGAAUAUUUUUGAUUGCUGAAUUGUGCUUGAUAGCAAUUGUAAUAAAAAAGAAAAGAGACCAUGAAUGAUCCCUUCCUGUUUUUAAAUUGUUAGUUUCUGCAGUUUGCAGAAUGUGUGUACAGCAUGGGUUGAAAAACGCCACGAUCAUAUAUUUGUGUUUACCCCAAUUUUUAAAAAAAAAAUUUAUAGGACUGUAUUUGACUAAGCGGUCAUUUGAGAAAUAUGGGCUUAUUUAAUGUUUGAAUAACAUUGAUAAAGCACUGAUGUUGCAUGUCUGAGACUGUUCCUAUAUAUAGCAUAGCAUUUAGAUGUGGAUUCACACAUUUUUGGGCAAAUAUUGGACAACUAUGUGAAUAGCUGACAAAUUUGUCUUUAUCAAAUGACUAAGUAAUUGUAUCUGGUAGCUUAAUUUUACUGAUGUAUCUCACAUUCUGUUUUCUUUUUAAUGAAUAAGAAUAUAAGGGAAAGCAAGAGAGAUAGCAAAUUGUAUUUGCAGUACUACUAUGCCAAGCUAAUGUUAGAUUUUUGUCAUCCUCUUCAUUGUAGAAUGACAUGAUAGCAAGUGCACUGAAGUCCAUCUGAUCUUCAGUGACCCCACAACCCAACUCAAGUGGUGAACAUCCCCAAGGAAACAGUCUCGCGUUUAUAUUGAAAACACGCACAGAGGUGCUAAUUAGAAGGAUAUGGAUUUGACUCGAGGAAUUGGAUGCAUUUAAAAAGCAGCUGUAAAAAUAAUUUACUGUAGCACUUUGAGAGCUGUCGAGAAAACAACAAUGCAAAGUUUUAUUCACAUUGUACAUCCCAGUUUCUUUUCCCCCACCCUAAGUCAUUUGUUUUUCAACCAUUUUCCAAAUUAAUCCACUAAAUGCAAAGGAGAAAUCUAUGAUUUAGCAAGUUUCAGACUAAGUCCAUGAAAAAAAUGGACUUCCCUUCCCCCUAAAAGAAUGUCAAUGGCAGAUAAACUUUGAUAAAAUUUGAGUACAUCUUUAUAUUUUCACAUUUAUGUUUGCUAGAAAAUUGCGUUCUUGUGGAUACAGGUCCUGGCAAUCUUGGGCUGGACACAUUUUCUUUGUGCUAAUAUUUCCUCAAAUACAGUAACUGAUUUCUCAUUUAUGUUCCAAUAAAAUCAAAAUGGUUGAUAGGUGUUUAGUCUGUACAGUUACAGGUUUAGCCAGUUUUUAGUGUUGCAGCAAUGUUUUCUGCUGCACUAUAGUGGAAACUUUACCUGCAUCGAAAUGUUUUAUGGAAUGCCAUUCACAAAUAUAUGUUUUCUGUAUGAAUUGUGGUUUACAAUAUUCAACUUUAGAAUUUUACAAAUGUCCUGUUAGAUAUUUGGAACUGAAAGGAAUGCUAGUAUGGAGGAACAAAUGAUACGUGGGCAUGUUGUUUGUUGGCUUUCCUUUGCUACCGACUUUUUAGUUAUGUUGAAGGAAGCCCUUUUCAUUCAGCAGUCUUAACCUGCUGCAGAUUUUCAUCAACCAGAAUCUGCAUUUUUCUUUUGAAGGGGAGGGCAGGGUUCUUUUUGGCUUGUGUAGAGGGAUGAUGGGCUGGGGUGGGGGAACAAUAAUUGAAGCCGCGUAAAAUGAAACUUCUGACUAUUGCUAGCUUUCUCACCAGCUUUUGCAGGAUAACUUAAGUUGACUAUUUUGUAUAAAAAAGAAAAUAUAUAAUUUAAAAAGCCUUUCUGUGUCUGAUUCUUUAAGCUCCCCUCCCAACCCCCCACCUUGUUUAAUACACAAUCAGGCCUCUUCCAUGUUUCCAAAAGCAAGUUUAUUCCAUUUCAAGGCAUAUUUGAAAACUACAUAUAUCGCAAAAAUCUCUAUUAAUGAAAGGUGUUCCUUCCAUAGAGGUCUGACUAAGCACUUUGCCUGAGGAGGUGAACCACUGAAGCAAAUGUUAUUAAUUUUAAAUUGCACCGUUUGAUUCAUCAGGUAGCUAACUGAUCAGAAAAGCUGAACGAUUCCAUUACUCAAACAGCUAGUAAUGCAGGUAACAGAGAAAGGUUAAGACCUGAUGCUAAUUAUAGCUGUUGCCAUGACAAUCAUGAAUCGUUUUUAUAUUCCUGUGUUAGCGGCCAUAAAAUUACGUCCUGUCGAAGCUGUGUAUAACGUUGGUGUAACUUGUUAUAUAUAUAUAGUACACAUGAAUUGAGGUGUAGCCUGAACCCUCUUAAAGAUAGUGUGCUCUCCAGUUUGAAGUGCUUUGUAUUCCAUAUCUAUAUGUCAUACACUAGUGAUAGCUCAAUCUUUAUACCGUCAAUAUCUACCCCAGCCCCUCCCCUCAACUGUGCUUUUUGUAUAAAUGCUCCUGUAAAUGUCUUGAAAUCAGACUACAAGUGUAAAUUCUAUUUUGACUGUAUUUUUUUAAACAGAUUGUAACUGAUUUUAUUAGGAAAGGAAUCUGUGACGUUUUACCUGUUUGUAUAUAGCUACAUGUUAGGAUGAUGGCAAUAAGAUUGAGUAUUAAAGCAGCAGCAAAAAAGCGA